UGUGUGCAUGUAUGUGUGCAGUUAGAGUGUCUGCAGCAGGCACAGACAGUUGGGCUUGGCUGGAGCAGAGGUGUUUUGCUUUGUUCAGAAAUCAAUGAAAAGAAGAUAGCAACGGGGCUGGCUGUUUCUGAGAGGUCCCCCGGACUGCUUAUCCCAGAAGAAUCAGAGCGGAAGGGAGGAGGAGGAAGAGGAGGAGGAGGAGGAGAAAAGGAGGCUUUGAAAUUUGCUUUCUUGUUCCUGGAGUGCAAAUAAGCUUGGGACACCGGAGCCUGCUAUGCCAACUGAACUCUCCCACAUGGUGAGAAUGCAUGCCAUCUCUGACUGCUCCUCCUCGUUGACAGCACGGCUUCUCCACAAGGGUCCAGAGUACCUUCGCAAGCAGAUGGAGGCAGGCAACCCUAGUAGGAAGAGUGCGGUGGAAAGGUUGGCAGCAGAUAAGGCCAAGUACGUGAAAAGCCAGCAAGUCAUUGGCAGGAAGCAGGUACCGGCCAUCACCCUCAGCUCAACUUCUGAGAGCAGCAGUGAGAGUUGCUCGGUGGAAAGCAAGCACCUGGAGCACUUGGGUGAGGAGAAAGACACCACAGCCAAAGUUCCCAGGGCCACAGAGCUCAGCCUGGCAGCCCUGCCAGGUGGUCCUCCCAUUGUGAGGCGCAACAGUGCUAAAAGGCAGAUCAGGCCAGAUUCUUUGGUGAUCUAUCGUCAGAAAUGUGAAUUUGUCAGAGGUCAAAGCCAGGAGAAUACUCGUGGGAAUUUGGUCCGGAGGUUGUUCCAGGGGUCCUUCAAGGAAAAGCAACUAGUUUCUGAGGUGUCCAAAGUUGUUCUCAAGGAAGAAACAAUUCCUGAAGUGGAAGGGACUGUCUUGAGCAAAGACACAAGCCGUGGCUAUGUUCUAGAAGGACAGAAUCCAUCCACAAAGGCAAACCCAGUGCCCAUUCUAGCCAGCAGAUGCAAAAAUGCCCUAAAUGUGACUUCUGCACCUUAUGAUGUAAAGGAGAUGAGACGGAAAGGUCUUCAAAGAUCCCAAUCAGAUAUCAGUUCCCGAUAUUCAAAAUCUUUCUCUGAAUUUGACUCUUUUUUUAAGAACUGUGGCCUUGAACCUGAAGUAAUAGAAGAUCUAGGCCAAGAGAAUUUUUCUGUGGCUUCAGACAACUUCUCAUUCCAUAUCCACAGCAUCAGCGGGGCGACAUCUGAAAGUGAUUUCACGAGGCACAGUGGUGAAGAUGGACUCCUGGAAGAAGAGCUCACAGAACAGGCGCCUAGUGGCACCUCUGUGAUUGAACGCAAUGCUCGGAUUAUCAAGUGGCUGUACAUGUGCAAGAAAGCCAGAGAGGCAAAUAUGAUGAUGCAGGACUUUGCAUAAAGACUGCUCACUUCAUAGAGACACCCAGAAUGGAAGCAUUUGAUGAAGACUGAACUCAAUAGAGAAUGGAUUUACAGCAACCAUUUCUGUCUCACUUCUUCACCCAAGGAGCAGGAGAAUCCUUGUUGCUUCUUUAAAUGCUGAAUUGAAACCUGAAGCUCAGUCUCAAGAAAUAGAAGUCGAUGCUCCUUAUUGUCGUUAUGAACAAGCAGAAAGCAAGAGUCACCUUGAUUCAUACACAGACCUCUUCUAAUGUACAUUUUAAUAGCAAAGCAGAAACCUAUAGUUAAUUGUCUCUGAGAGAUAAUUUCAUUGUUUGCAACAAUUCCUGAAAAAAGCAUAAUUUCUGCAUAAGAAAACUACGUGCACAGUGUGAAGGGAGAGAAAGGUACAUGUCCACUUUCUGGCUUGUACUUAUAACAGGAUACUACAUCUGAUGGAUAUGUGGGACAAGUUAAAUGUUUGGAAAUAAUUCUCUCCAAGAUUCUGGUCUAAACUGCUCAGUUGAUGUUUACAGUGGAAUAGAUAGGGUUUUCUCUAAAUAUAGAAAGCUGCCUUUCAAUGAGGCAGACGAUCGAUUGAUCAAUCCAUCUCAGUAGCAACUGAGAUGACACAUCACAGGAAGCCAUAAUAUAGUGGUUUUGUCUGGGUUGAAGAUGUUGUGCAAACUCAGACCUCUGGGUUUAUGGAGCUUAGUGCAAUGUGUGAACUGCAAGGGCUUAUUUAAGAAACCGUGAUUUAAGCAUGAGGCAUGAACCCUGCCAGUACUGCCUUCGGCAACUUACACCCACUCUAGGAUUUCAGAGAAGAGACUUUGUGGCACUGUCAUGGGCCUACAACCCAAUUGUUUGACCCACAGCUCUUCCUUCCUUCCACUACUUCUUCAUAGUCCUAAAAAGCCAUCCCUGAAAGCUGCAGGAUUAUCUCAGAUUAGAAAAAAUGUCACCCUGGAGCUGCAUCCAAAUAAACCAACUGGCAAUCCAACCCCAGUUCUCAUGCUUGCAAAGUAAGACUUUUCUCUUGCAUACUAGACUCAGCUUUAAUGUGCCAUGGUACUAAACGGCCACUCCCAAAUAAUGGAAUAAUGCUCAUUAUGACAAAAUGGCAUUGCUUUUUUUUAAUGGUACAACUAAGUUGCAUGGGCAAAUGCCUGGUUUAGAUAAGCCUGUGGGCCUAUAGCUGUCUGGGGUAGUUACAGUGUCUGUGAGAAGAUGGUUUCUGACUGUGGUUUUCCAAGUCUGUUCCUUUGCCACCUGGGAACCGCUGGCUGUCAUUUCUGUAAAAGCAAGCGAGUGCAAACAUGUCUUUCUCUGGUAUUUCAGAAAGACAGAGAAUAAGGGUUCUUUUCCCCUGCAUUGGCAUUCAUAUAUAGCAAAACGGGCCAUGUCUGCCUGCCCGUCUAUCUGUCUGUCUAUCUAGGUAGAUAGAUAGAUAGCAGAGUUUAUGCUGAAUAACCAAACUUCCUGCAGUCAAAAUCAAAAUGAUUUUUUUGCCUUGGAAAAUGUGGGCCCACUCUUAUGAUCAAAAUAGAGGCUUGCCUGAACAUUCCUCAUUCCUCAAAUGGUAGCAGUCCUUUUAUCUAAGGCUGGCAUGCACAGACUAGAAGUCAAACCAUUUCGUGUUAAUGCGAACCCAUCAUUCCACUGUAGUGGGAAAAGGGUUGAUCUUGGUUUUUUCAUUCUACAGUAUGCCUGAGACUGUUUUGGGUUAGCAGUGGCCAAAUACAAAAAGGGAUCUCUUUUAACAGAUAGUUCCCAUUGCCACUCAAUACAUCUCGGUUUUUUCCCCCUCUGAAACCUACUAGUUGUGAUAGUUUUGCACGAUGGGAAACAUUCUGUCCCUGGAUCCCGGCUGCUGGGGACCAUGGGUUGUGCUAAGCCAUAUUUGAUUGCUUUGGAUGUGCCUUCAUGCCAUGUGUGAAUCCAGCCAAUAUGCUUUAUAAACCAUAGUUUAUGGCAUAGUUGCACAAUGUCCACCCAUCUGAGGGCUGCAUUGCACUUUGGGCAGCAUGUUGAGCGUAGGGCUUGGGGAGGGUGGGGUUUCAGGGUUUUUAAAGCUGAAAUUGGAGAGCUGAGCAUCUGCAAGGAUUAGGCACUCCUUUUCUCCCUAAAACCCCCCAGACUGUAAGAGACUUCUCCAUUCUGAGGGGCAGCUCUAGGUGCCAUAAAGGCAAUCUUGGCAUACGUAGCUUAUUGCUUAAUGUUACAAAUAAAUACAGCCACUGUGGCUUAUUCAAGAAACCAUGGUUAAAACAAAUCACAGCUUAGUGUGUGAGAAAAUUAAGCCAUCAUGUCCUGCCUAUGAGUUUCCAGAAGUGAUUAGUUGAUCAUAGAGGAAACUGGAUGCUAGCUUAGAUAGGCGUUUGUUCUGAUCCUACAGAUGUUAUUUUUAAAAUGGAUUAUAUAUAUUAAAAAUUACUCCAAAUUCCAUCUGCUGCAAUCCAUUGCUAUUUGUCCUGCUCCUUCUCUUUCUCCUUCUCCUGCCCUCCAUUGCCCCAAUCUGUUGGCUUGUUCUUAAUGUAUGUCCUUUAGGUACAUAUACAGAUCAGCCUCCACCCCUGAAUGAUUGCUGAUCCCAAUGUGUAAGAGAGCUCUGUUUAUGUAGAUCGACAUGCAGGGAGCAAGAAUGAAAUAUUUCUUAUUUUAAUUUAUUCUGGUCUUGGGAAGCUAAGCCAGCACUUGAAGUGCUAAUUCAUAGAGUAUAUUGGUAUGAAAAAAUAUGCUUGGUAAACAAUAAGUGGCUAUUUUGCCUUUUAGUAAAUGCGGCCUGGUUUUGCUUUGGAUGUUUUGAUAAUAUUAAUGCCUCAUUAAAAGAGGUGAGUGUGUGCUGUAAUAGAUGUAUCAUGAACAUAACAUGUCCAUCGCGUCCAAUCCUCUCAGAUCUGCUCUUAUCUACAAAAUAUGCCAUGUAAUUGUACUUUAACCUUAGUGCUGAAAAGUCGUUGUGAAACCUGUAUUUUUUUUCACUGUAAUGAGAUUUGUUACACACAAAAUGCUGCUAACUUGGAAGAAAGUUUAUUACUGGUGUAUAUAUAUAUAUAUAUGUGUGUGUGUGUAUGUGUGUGUAUGUAUAUAUUUAAUGUAAUGUGUCAAAGAUGCUGAUCCAAAAGGAAAUCCACUGUCGUUCUUGCACUCUUUUCAGAGUAAGAUAAGUUAUUUAUUUAAUUAUUGUGAAAAGCAAAGAACAGAAUAAUUUCCCCUUUAAACUCCACAGCCAAGGUGAUACACAGUCCUCUAAAAUGAUGAAUUAAUUUGGGUGGAAACAUUCUGCCCCCAUGAAUAAAACUAAUUAUUUCAUUGAGGCUAGGGUUGGUCAAGAAACAAAUAUACCACUUACUUUUAUGAAUUAAAAUUUAUCAAAUAAAAUUGAUAUAACUGUUAACUUUAU